AUGCUCCGUAGGAGAAGUCGUGCGUGGAAGCACUACCGUACUUCUAAUUCAGGCUACGAUGAAUACCGACUAGUACGGAACCAGUGUUCGGCAGCUAAGGUGGCCAAACGCCGUAUUUUCGAGGAGCGUUUAGCUGCUGAAUCGGCCACAGUGCCAAGGAGGCUAGUUGCGUACUUGAAAAGGAGAACCAGGACGGUGCCUGGUCUCCCGAGUCUAGUCGAGAAUGGAGUCACUGCUGACACGGAUGUGGACAAGGCUGGUGUACUUGCCGGGCAUUAUGCUUCAGUGUAUACCGGAGCAGAUAUCUGGAACUCGCCACCUUCACCCCCUCAUCAGGUUGUGUUCGCACCCUCCUGA